CGCACGUCUCACCCAUGUACUUUACAUAGUGUAGCAAAUCCCGCGCGCGCUGUUACCUAGCAACCGUUACAAACGAAGAACUGGCCUUCAUUUUGUCCAGAGUGAAGAUCCAGGUGUGUGUCAGGAGUGAGAAUGAGCACCGGGCGGACGCUGGAGGGCGCAGGGUGUGUCACCUGGUGGGGCUUCGGACCUGCAAGAGAUCUGCUCGAGGCAGGUAUGCCGAGGCCACAGGGGGAGCUGAAUGUUUUGCUGGUGGGCAGCGGCGACCCGAGACACAUCCUAAAGACCAUCUCGGGCCUCAAGGACACCGACUCCCUCCACGUUUGGGUGAUGGAGAACAGUAUGGAAGUGGUUGCGAGACAGCUGCUGCUCCUCUACAUAGCUCUGAGCGCACCGGAGAGCAUGGGCAUGCAAGAGAAAACGGAGGUCUUCCUCGAGCUGUUCGGGAACAGCGAGAUCCGCUCUCAAACCGACAACAAGCUGAAGGACGUCGCAGCUCGACUGGCUCUCUCCAUCAGCGACUCGCUGGACACAGACUCGCACACGCACCCCUGCCUGGACACCAGCCUUCUCAAGUUUAAGGAGAGAGAUGAACUGGCUCGGAUCUUCGAGCGGUGGAAGCGACCCGACUCCGCGCACGCGCUCAGUAUGCGUAAGGUAUGGGACGCCCGUGUCAGACAGCACCUCGGGACGCGCUACGAUGCCCGCACGGGCUGCUUCGACUGGGACCUCACCAUGAGGUUACACGACAGAGGGUGUGGCGUCGUAAGCAAACAGCAGUACAGCAGAUGGAGGGAGAGCGGCGUGGCCUUCGAGAUGAGGGAGGGAGUGUACUGCGUCGCUAAUCAGAGUCUGCUCUCCACGCGCGUGUUCAGCCGUAGAGGAGACAAGGUGGGAGUGCGGGGAUACUGGGGAGACAUCGUCUCAAGUCCCUAUCUGUCGUUCGGCAUUGAAACGGAGCACAAAGAGCUCCUGAAGAUGCAAAACAACCGACAUGUAAAGACUGCUCAGGACGUCUGUAUAGCGAACGUGCAGACGCUUUUUACGUCCCUGUCUUCUAGAGGACACGCGCACGUCUCCGAGCUCGCCGAGGAACCGAUCGAUGAUGCGGCAGAAACACGAUCGCCACCGGAGUCGUCUGUUUCCCACGAUGAACCGCGACAGGCAGGAGAGAAGCAGGUCCCUGCAGUUGUUCAGAAGGAAGCGAUCGAGCCUGAGAACGGAACGCAUGCAGAAGAGAAGCAGAACCGUGCGAGCCAUCAGAUAGAGUUGAUGAAUCUAAACGGAGUAAGCGUGUCCUUCCUGUCUCUGGAGUCUCUGCCCAAGCUGUCCAUGAAAAGCAGAUACUGCCGUCUGUUCAAUGCCGUCUACUGUUCAGCAAGCAUGGUGCACCAUUUGGACUACUCUUUGACGCAGACAGCGGCACCCGACGCCGUCCUGAUCGUCGAGCUCGCCAAGUACCUGUUGGACUUGUCUAAGGAGCAGGAGGCCGCUUUUGAGACGAGAGUCAGUGAAAUCGCUAAACAAAUGGGAUUUGUACCGGCUCACACUCGGGACAACGACGCGUAUGCUGUGUUCACGCUGCAAAAAGACCGAUAACACAGAACACACACACACAAACUACAAACCAUACACUUUUAACACAGUUUAUUACUAUUAACACACCGCUGGAAGAAGGAAAUCAGUCAUACUGUAGAAGUGUCGAGCUGGAUGUAAUGACAUCACAUUUAUUUCUGUGUUUCUUCAGUAGCAUUACAACUACAGACACCAAAUGUAAAUAAACGGCUAUAAUCA